CAAAUGGCUCUUACACGGCGUUCUGUAUUAGCUGUUUUCUUUCUUAUCCCAUGUUUCAUUUCACCAAAUGGCUAUACUUUAGCAUUUCGUUCGUAAAGGCCGGACUGGUCUCAGUUGAAAACGAGAAUAUGGUGGCCUCACUAACUGACCCUUCACUGAAGUACAAGACUUCAUAAAGAAGAACACACAAAAUCCCCUACACCAAUACCCAACCGAUGCUUGCUGUCAUGGAAACAGAAGAGGAGCACAAAUCAGAGAUUCAAGAUUUAGACGAAUUUAAUGACAUCAACAUUGACCAGAGAGCCCUGGAGACGUUUGUUCCGGGGCGCUAUUUGAAAGCCACGUGUGCAGAAAAGGAGCCCAAACUUCGGUCUCAUGUAGCAGAGCUGUUAGACCCGCUGCAUAUGCCACUCCGUGUGAAGCAACUUGUCAGUAAUGACGAUAUGUCACGCCAAUCGAGAGAAUGUUACCUCCACAUGUGGCGCACGUUGAUUGAUUUGAUAUUCAGUGUCGAAAAGGCCAGCGUAUCUGAGAUGAUGAAUCUGGACAAGCUCAAGGCCCAUCUAUACCUAUUCAACAGCUACGCAGAAAACAGGCCGAGAGCACAGACCAUCCUAGAAAACAAGGGAGGGAUUAGCAUAUUCAAUGGAAUUAUCAAAGAGGAGUUACAAGAAGUUAAGACACCGUUUACAGAUUUGCUCGAUGCACCUUUAAUAAUGCGCAGCAGGCUCUAUUACAGCUUAAAGAUCCUCUACAGCUUUACUAUGGAGAACCACCCGGAUUAUUGUUCAUUGAAAGAAUUGCUGGAAGUCCUGGGUAAUAUUCCGGGUAUAUCUCGGACAUCGAAUGGUGAUAAUGUCUUUCCUCUGCCCAUCAAGUCUGGUUAUGUGGUCCAGCAAGUGAAGAACAUUCGAAAGUUACGGUAUUUGUUUUUCUUUCCGAAUUACCUGAUCGUAACUAGUCUCAAGUUUAGCUGCGGUGUGCAUCGGGGACAUGAAAGAUAAAAACAUUCAACAGAUCAGAAAGAUAUUGAAUCAUACCAAAGAUAAGCUAAGGACAUACUUCAUGUGCCCCAGAGAAU